ACCAGCCUGUGGGGGGUUGGGGGAUUGGGGGCCCACAGAUCACAAGGGUGGAGGGUGAAAUCUGAGGGAGCUGCCAGGCCAGAAUUGGGUUUCUCCAUGUGUGAAUUGCAGGGGGGAGGGGGUCCUCUUUCACCCCAGUCACAAUUUUCCUGUUAAGUUUUAUCAGGGGAGCCAGCAAACCUGCAGUUAUUACUUACGUGCACCUCUCCAUUGGGGUCCUUCCCAGUGAGACCCUGUCACAAAGCUGGGAGCUGCACCCCAGUUUCAGCUGUGACCCCAGCGUCCAGAUCACUGUCCAGCGACCAGGAGGUGCUCAAUAAACAUUUCUCCAUGAAAUAAAGCCCUCGGCCAGCUGCUUGAGUGGCUGCACUGUGUGGGUGCCCGUUUACAGGGAAGACCACGUCUCAGCGUCUAGUUCGUUAUUUCCAGAAGGAAACCUUCACCUCUCUCAUUUGCAAACUGGAGGUGGCUGCAGGACCGACUCACCCGUUGUUGUGAGAAUGAGUUGGCGGAAGGACGUUAAGCCUGGCACUGAGAAAAUGCUCGAUAAUGAACUCAGCUGUGGUUAUUAUUAUUGAUACUAUUUUACUCGUCAUCGUAAGCCAAAAAAGCUGCUCACCAGAGAAAUGGCCCGCAGACGAACUGAGGCAGGGGCUUGAGGUUUCCGGGGUUGCUCUCCUGCCCAGAUCCAUCAGUAAGCUGCGAUGACCUUCCUCCCUCCCCCUCAGCCCCCAGGGUCUGAGCCAGGCUCCCCAGUGCGACCCGCCGGGGCUGCGCAGACAGCCCACCGGUGUCCGCGGGCGUGCGAGGCGGGGGCGGAGGGCGGCCGUACUAGAAGGAAUACGGCGGCGCGGCGGCCGGCUGGGCGGUUUCCCGCCGCCGCCGCCGGUGAAUGAGUCCGACUGCGCUGCUGUCGCCGCCCGACAGAGGCUGCGCCCGCGUCCCCGCGCCCCCAGCCCUCGCGCCGAGACCCCAGCAGGUCCACGGGCCAGCCAGCGUCGGCCACCAGCCCCGGGCAGACUCCGCAGACCCCUCCUGGCUUCCUGCCUGCGGCCCCAAUGAAGAAAACCAACAUGUGGUUCUUGGAGCGGCUUCGGGGGUCGGGGGAGAAUGGAGCCACGGGGGGAGAGGGUGGGGACAAGGCCGCCAAGGGGCCCCUGUACAGCAACGUGCUCACGCCCGACAAGAUCCCCGACUUCUUCAUCCCUCCCAAGCUGCCCGCCAGCCCGGCGGAGCCCGAGGGGCAGGCUGAGCUGGGGCCCUCGACCUCGGAGCAGAACCUGGCCUCCGCUCCGCCCCGCCGAGGCCCUCGGAGCCCCCGACUGCCCGCCAAGCUGGCCGCCGAGAGCAAGAGCCUGCUGAAGGCGGCCACCCGGCACGUGAUCCAGAUCGAGAGCGCGGAGGACUGGCCGGCGGAGGAAGCUGCCACCAACGCCGACCCCCAGGCCCAGGGGGCCAUGUCGCUGCCCUCGGUGCCCAAGGCCCAGACGUCCUAUGGCUUCACCACGUUGGCCGAGAGCCCCCACACGCGGCGCAAAGAGUCUCUGUUCCACAGCGAGCAUGGGGCUCUGGCCCAGGUGGGCUCCCCGGGCACCCGGCGCCGUAGGGGUACCGCCAAGGGCAACGGGGGCGACGGGGCGCCCAGAGAGGCCAGCGGCGCCCUCAUGAGCCCGGGCCGCUGCGUCAGCGGUGGGGAGAGCGACACGGCUUCCUCGGCCGAGUCCUCUCCAUUCGGGUCUCCCCUGCUCUCACGCUCUGUGUCACUGCUCAAAGGCUUCGCCCAGGACAGCCAGGCCAAGGUGAGCCAGCUCAAGCACUCGGUGGGUCGUCAUGGCUCCCUGUCAGCCGACGACAGCACGCCGGACACCAGCCCCGGGACGCGGCGCCGCUUCCCCCGCAGGGCCGCCCCCGAGCCCGGCCCGGAGCCCAGCCCGACACCCCGCGCGGAGCACGCGGUGCGCAUGGGUGUGCGGGGCAGCGUGCGGCUCCUUGCCGAGUACGAGGCGGCCCAGGCCCGCCUGCGGGUGCGCCUGCUGGCGGCCGAGGGCCUCUACGACCGCCUGUGCGACGCCCGCAGCAUCAACUGCUGUGUGGGUCUGUGCCUAGUGCCGGGCAAGCUGCAGAAACAGCGCAGCACCAUCGUCAAGAAUAGCCGCCACCCCGUCUUCAACGAGGACUUCUUCUUCGACGGCUUGGGGCCGGCCAGCGUCCCGAAGUUGGCCCUCAGGAUCAAGGUGGUCAACAAGGGCAGCAGCCUCAAGCGGGACACGCUGCUUGGGGAGAAGGAGCUCCCGCUGACCUCCCUGCUUCCCUUCCUGUAAAGGCCCCACCCCUCCGACCCCCCCCCCACCAUGGGAUCCAGGGCGGGCUCAGGGGAGGUGGUUUCCACUCUGUCUGGGUGGGGUCCUUAUGUUGCAGCCCACCUUGGGGGGGAGGGUCCUGGGUAAUACUGCUUGCCCUGGGUUAAUUUCUCCAGAGGAGAAGAGAGGGGGCUGCCUGGGAAAAGAAAGGGCCACCUUGCCAGGCUGGGUACCGCGAGCCCCAAGUUCCAUGCCUCCUCUGCUGCCUCUGCCUUGCCACUUUCAGAGUUCUGGAACUUGGGCCAGGAGGCAGCUGAAGCAGAUCACAGACCCAGAGGCCACUGGUCCUGAGGCCCAAAUGAAUCUUUUCCUCUGCUGCACCAGUGUCUUCCUCCCCCAGGCCUGCCACCCCCCACCACCAGAGAGCUGUGCCAGGCUCAGCUUCUGCCCACGGUGCCCCAUGGGGCUGCAGGAGGACCUGCUCCAGGGUUAGGCUGGCUCUGGGUGGCCCACCCACGUUCCUCCCAGGCUCCAGAGGCAAGAGAUGGUCAGAGGGAGGAAAGUGCCAUGUCUAAGAGCCACUUCCUGGCAAAGACAUGCAGCAGUGGAGGAGGUCCUAGAAGAUGAAAAUGGGAGCCAUGGCUCCUUUCCUGUUCCUCAAGGGAGACUGCCCUCCCAUUGGCUGUUUUCCUCCAUUGCCUUCUCUGCUCGGGACCCUGGCCCUGCUAGGGUGUCUGGAGACUCCCUUCCCUGGAGGGGCUGCUCAGAGAGAGGUACCAGCCCUUGCCCCAUUCCUCCCAGUCCCCUGCCUCCUCCUGUGCAUCUGGACCCCAGGAAGUGAUGUCCAGUGACUGGUGACCUUGGCUUCACUGCACACUGUAGAUAGGUUUUGAUUAGGGUGGGUGGGGAGUCCCUGGUUGUGGCUUUUCAUGCCACUGAGGCAGCUGCAUGGGUUUAAUUGUCGUGUCAGUAUGUGGGUCCUUGAAUGAGUUUUGUGGAGGUUUCCAGCUCAAACAAAACGGAAACGGUACAGUUUGAAGCAGGGGCCAGGCAAGGCCAGCUCUGCCCUUUGGCCUCUCUUGGGCUGCCUGCUGGGUGAGGAUGGACCAGGCCAGCAUGUGGGGGAUCCUGGGGUGCCCCUCCCAGUCCAAACUUCAUCCCCCCGGACUGGUUUGCCACAUCUCAUGGUGGAGAGGGUGGUGUGAGGGUGCAGAUUUCCCUCCAAAGCUGGGGAAGCACCUGGCAGGAUGCUUGCACUCUGGCAGGAUGGACCCCUGCACCCUAGAUGCUGAGGCUGAGGCCCUUGGCCUUGGGGGUCUUGUGGCCCCUCCGGCUCCCUGCCCCUGGGGACCAUCCCUGGCUAGGCCUGUGGGCAGAGGAGAUGGACAAAGGGCCCUGCGUGGAGUUAGGAGACUCACACUCCCUUCUCUCUCACCCUGACUGCUCCCGCCUCCAGCUUUCCCUCUGGAGGCCCCCAUUUUAUAGGCCCUUGUACCAUUUGAUAUCUUUGUGUUUGCAGUUGACUGUAUGUACAUCUUUAAGACAUCCUCCCCAAGUGUGUUUGUUUAUAAAUGCUGUUUUUAGUGCAAUAAAGGUGUUUCAGGGA